GACGGGAUCUUAUUUCCAUUAAACCAUUGUAAGAUAAGGAUUAAUAUAAACUGAAUCUUUCUCUGGUGGGACAGAUCACAGAAAGAUUAAUGGUGAUUUCGGCAUUAGUGUUGUUCCUUGCGGCAUUUGCCGUCGCGCAAGAAAAUACUACUGGCACACAUUGGAUUGUAAUACCGGAUAAAUACACCCCUGGAUCGCCUCUUCCUCUGACUUUUAAUUUCUACAACACUUCCGGUGUAGAUGUGGUGGUCCAGGUUGACUUGAUACGUGACGACCAUCAUGGUGUGGCAACCCUACAACAUACAUUUAAGGAGGCUAAAUCGGAAAUCCUGCAGUUACAGGUCCCAAGAACAGAGGAUGAUCCGCAAACAUAUACUCUCCUUAUCCAUGGUUUAAGGGGAUUAUAUUUCAUGCAGCAUGGUAUCGUUCAUUAUGACUCGGGAUUGAUGCCAGAAAAGUUUGCAAUUCAUAUACAGACAGACAAAGGCAUCUAUAAACCAGGACAAACAGUUCGUUUCCGAACGUUUGGAAUUUCAUCAGACAUGAUGGUCUAUAAUGGUGAAUUCAACAUCUCGAUCUACGAUCCAAAGGGUAACCAAAUGAAGAAAUUAACGAACGUUUCAGAAGCAAUGUACGGUGUUGUUGAAGAUUUUCUCAUAAUGGACACAGAACCGGUUCUCGGAAAGUGGAAAAUUACUGUUAAAACAGACAGACAAGUGUCUGAUUACGAGGAGAAAUACUUUACAGUGGAGAAAUACGUACUGCCGAAGUUUCAAGUAAAUCUGGAGCUACCACCCUAUGUUGUUACUACGAACAAAGAAAUGCACGGCACCGUCAAAGCAAAGUACACAUACGGCAAGCCUGUUAUAGGAACUGUGAAGCUGUAUGCUGAUGUUGACUAUCGUGAUACCCCGUGGAAAAACCAUGGUGAUGAAGUCAUGGUAGAAGCAGCAUUUGACAUAAACGGAGAGGCCAAAUUCACUGUUCCAUUCAGCCGUAUUACUAAUGAAGUUGAUCCGUAUUCAUUCCAACCACUUGCUGAAAAAUUAGCGGGCUAUCAUCUACAAAUCAAAGCUUCUGUCACAGAAAGUAUAAACAACAUAACAAGAAACGCAUCAGCUCAGGUUUUGUUCUACAAGGAACCAUACAAAAUGCGUUUCGAUCAUUCUUCAAGUAUGUCUUUCUUUAAACCAGGUCUGCCCUAUGUUGGACAAAUAACACUAACACAGGCAAACGGGAACCCAGUAAUUUCGAGCAAAGAAGACGUCCGGCUCGUCAGUUAUGUGACGUUUCAUGAUAAAGAUACUCACAAGUAUCGUGCUAAGUACCUCACUGAACAAACGUUUGCUCCUCCACCCACUGGUAUCUUGGAAGUUUCAGUUGAUCCGCCUGUGAAUGCAACUUCUCUACAUUUAGAGGUAUUUUAUCAAGGCCUUACUGAUACACUGAAUGUAAACAAACCGUACUGGUUGAUGGACAGUGGAAACAUACAGCUCUCACAGAAUUCAUCUUCUGUCGUGGCUGGACAAAAUGCAGUUUUUGAUGUUAGAAGAACCGAUGGUAUCGGUCAUCUCCUAUUCUUUUAUGCUGUUAUUGCUAACGAUCGCAUGGUUCAUUCUGGCAAACUAUACGACAAUGUGUCAAGUACGGUGCAGUUGUCGUUUCCCGUCACCGACAAGAUGAAACCUUAUGGAAUGGUUGUUGUGUAUUAUUUCGACACCGACGUAUGGAACGCUGAUGCACUUUAUUUUGAUGUUAGAGAUGACGCCAAUAAGUUCAGGAACAAGGUUGCCUUGUCAUUUGAUAAAGGUAAAGCCGAACCAGGGAAGAAUGUCAGUUUAUCUAUAACUAGCGACCCGCAGUCACUAGUUAAUCUCCUAGCUGUUGACCAAAGUGUGUUGCUUCUAGCGUCAGGAAACGAUAUCUCACAAGCUGAUGUAAUUGCGUCACUAAAACUUGGAUCACACUCGUCUUCAGAUUCUAGUAUAUUGCACGAUCCAAAAAGAGUGUUAAGGACGUCAGGAAUGCAACUGUUAACUGAUGUUGAGGGUUUCAGUUGGGCUCAUCCUUACUACAAGCGCCAAAUCGAUUGUGGUCCAGGCCUAUUGCCUGGACAACAUCCUACAGCUCAGCCAGGCCUAUUGCCUGGACAAACACCUACAGCUCAGCCAGGUCUUGUCUCUGGACAAACACCUACGGCUCAGCCAGGCUUAGUACCAGGUGGAAAACCUCUUCAGCAAGUGACGCAUACCAGAGAUUUUUUCCCGGAAACAUGGUUGUGGACAAAUAUAACUGUAGGCCCAAGCGGAAAUUCUGUCCUAACAACAACUGUACCAGACACAAUAACCUCAUGGUAUACAACCGCAUUCUCUGUAAAUCAACAAACUGGAUUGGGAAUUACUGACGGUCCUUCUAAAUUCACAACGUUCCGACCAUUUUUCAUCAACCUAAAUCUGCCUUAUUCUGUUGUAAGAGGAGAAGAAGUUGUGCUGCAAGCAAACGUCUUCAACUACAUGGGACAGGAUCUAGAUGUUGUAGUGACAUUGGAGAAGUCAGAUGACUUUAAAGUAAUCUUUAACGACACUUCCGGGCAUGUUUCCUUUCGUUCAACUGAAAUUGUAAAGACUGUACACAUAGAAGCUGGACAGGCUGAAUCUGUGUUUGUACCUGUGGUAGCGGAUAUUGUAGGUGUUGCGGAGAUCACAGUGAAAGCACAGACACCAUUCUCAGCAGACAGAGUUAAGAGAACGUUAAUUGUUGAGGCUGAGGGAACAACUAUGCACUUCAACGUGCCGACGAUCCUAAAUGAACACACAUCUGUAGACAUACCUCUAAGUUUCCCGCCAACAUUUGUUGCGGACUCGCAGAAAAUCCAAAUAUCUGCAAUAGGUGACACCAUGGGUCCUGCCAUAAAGAAUCUGAAGAGUUUAUUACGAAUGCCAACAGGUUGUGGCGAGCAGACAAUGACAAGUUUUGCGCCUGAUGUGUUUGUCUACAAUUAUCUACGUAAUACCAACAAACUGACAAAAGAUAUAGCGGAUAUGGCAUUAGGAUAUAUGUAUAAAGGUUAUCAGCGCGAGCUGACAUUCCAGCGAUACGACGGAUCCUUUAGCAUUUGGGGUCAAAGUGAUCGUCAGGGAAGCAUGUGGCUGACAGCAUUUGUGCUGAAGUCGUUCCAUCAAGCAAGAGAGCAUGUUUAUGUAUCAGACUCGGUACUCAGACGCGCGGCAACGUGGAUUCUACGGUAUCAAAACUAUGACGGUUCGUUUCAGUCGAAGGGUAGCGUACAUAGCACAUCUCUACGGGGAGGAUCUAGCUCUGGAUACAGUCUCACUGCAUUUGUGUUGAUUGCCCUUACAGAAGCUGAAACUACGCUUAAUCAUCACAUACAGUAUUAUAACUACGCAUCUAAAGUAUCGAGGGCAAGGACGUAUUUAGAGAAUGCAGUACGCAGUGACAGAAUUACAGAUGCUUAUGAUCUGGCUAUAGUCAGCUAUGCUUUGAGUAAAUCUGGAAGCAUAUAUGCUUAUAAAACAUACACAAAAUUGGACAAACUUGCUGUUAAAACAGGAGACGGCAAAAUGUUCUGGAACUCUACGGUCACCCGUCACUUCAGAAGUUGGGAAUAUACCUACUACAUGAGUACACCACUGGAAAUCGAAGUUGCCUCUUAUGCUUUGUUGUACCUUAUCGACAGCAGACAACUUCAGACUGGUUUUCCUAUACUGCAGUGGCUGGUGUCUCAGCGUAAUUCUAGGGGAGGUUUCAGAUCUACUCAGGACACGGUCCUCGGACUACAAGCAAUGUCGGAGUAUGGGUCUAUAUUCAAGGACAAUCUAGAUCUGACAAUUGAUGUAGAAUCUGGCAGUUUCCACAAACAAAUUCAUAUCGGCCAAAAUGAGGCUAUGGUUCUGAAACUAUUAGACAUACCGAAUACUGCACUGGCACAUAGUAACAACAGUUUCAACCAUCCGCCAACAGUUUCUCUACAGGGACACGGCACUGGCUCGGCAUUAGUUCAGGUAUCAGUGUCAUUCAAUGUAGAAACGGAAGUCUCUCUUCCCGCAUUCAACAUCACAACAACCAUUGUGAGCGAAACACUGCGCUCCAUUGUACUACGAACAUGCGCAAGGUACCUGCCACAGAGAUUUGUCAAUGCUGGAAUGGCGGUAAUUGAGAUAGAUCUUCCCUCAGGUUUCUCAGCAGAUCUCGAAAGCCCGAACACAAAGCUAGAUCAUGUUAGACAUUCAGAAAUAAGGGACGAAAAGACUGUUGUUCUCUACUACGACCAGAUAUUGCCGAACGUAUAUCCACAAACAUGUGCUACUGUUGAAAUUAUUAGGACAGAUCUUGUUGCCAAAACCAAACCUGCUGCCAUCCGGGUAUUUGACUACUACCAGCCGGAAAACCGUGCUCUGAUAUUCUUCGAAUCUGCUCUUUUGAAGGAUUCAUCAUAUUGUGAUAUUUGUAGCACUUGUGGCUGUCCAUAGGCAGGGUGCCUGAACAGUCCACUAAAAUUUAGCUGAAGGUUCAUCAAAUGCCGGUAUUAACUGAAGAAGUGCCUUGGAUAUUUUCUGAUUAGGUUUGCCUACCAUUUGACAUGUAUGACAUGACCGGCAAUUUUGGGAAACAUGAAAUUUU